GCGGAUAGCGUAAUUUCGAGAAAGUAAAUUAUUUUUUUCUUUCAUCAGCAAUUUAUUCUUGCAAUCGUUGAAUAUACGAUAAGUGCAUACGUCACAUAUGGACUACGUGAAUUCGAAUGACAUUAGCCAGUGUUGCUGGCAAUCAACAGCAUCACAAGUAUCUAGUGUUGUUGGAUAAAAUACAAGUGUUUUUAACAAGCAUGUGAGAUCGUGAAAACUGGAGAUGAAUUGUGUUAAAAUACUUCGGAAGGAUUACCUAAGACCUGUCAAUCUGAUAUUGAAGGCGAAAUACUCUCGCAGGUCAGCGAAAAGCACGAGUUCGUAUAAACUGAUAAAAUCGGAUGGGAUUAAUGCAGAUAUCGAGAAUAAUGAGUUCGAUGCGAAUCCAAAUUGGGAGCUGUUUGGGCCCAGGGGGUUCAGGUUCUAUCUGCCAGGCAGCACGGGCCCAGGGUGGCUGGAUCAGUCCACAACAGCUCAAGUCGAGACACGGUCAAUAGUGAUAUGCAGCGACGAUGAGGAGAGGAAUGAUAAGAAUCAGAGGGAUGUGAAAACUAGUAGGAAUAAUGAUGAGCCUGUUCUACACUGUGUGGCGCAGGAGUGCCCAAUAUUACUGAGGAAAGGAAUUCUGGAGCUGUUUCCUGGGUGUGUGGAAGCUGCAUCACCACAGCUCACUAUUGUCACGAUUACUCAGAAACUCAACCCCAGGAUGGCCAGGUGGAGCAAAGAAACUGAGACUGAGAGAUUAGCUAAAUUUUUCCUCCUAGCGGCCUCUGACAUCUGCACGAAAUUGAAAAUGUUUGGAUACUGGGCAGAUUUUAUAAACCCAUUCAGUGGCCAGCCUUAUCUCAAUCCCUACAAAAACGGUACACUCUACAAGACUGACGAGCGUUUCCGUUGUUUGGGAUUUAAAGUCGAUAAAAAAAACGCAUGCAAACUCAUAUCGUAUGAAAACAGUGGAUCACAGUUCAUUGGAAGCCUCUACACAACUGCCCCAUCGAGUACUGAGUUCCUUCGCGAUGUGAUGCAAGGCUUGUCCGACCACUGACGAAGAGACUCUCCUUGCCUCGUCAAAUGCAUCACUAGGAAAACAGUGUAUAAAAAAUAAUAGGAGUGUAUAAACUAUUUUUCUGGAUUCAAAACUAAAACCAAUAGCCCUCACAUUGUAAUAUCCAACAGAAUUAACGAUGCAUUAUCCUGCGAGAGCAAUAUACUAUUGGAAAUUAGACCUAGAACUUUGAAUUUUCCUGCGACUGCAGCACUACUCUUUAAUGUGCCCCCAUUUUACGGAUAUGUCACCCAACUUGAAUUCUCCUUUCCACGACGUUCAAAUAAAAAUUUAUCCUGAAUGAA